UUUAGUUUUUACAGACUAAGGCCCCUCCUUCCCAUCAUGUUCCAUCCAUAACCCAACAACUUUAACACUCACUCCCACCGCCCGGCGACCUGAAAUCCGAUUCUCAGGUGAAAUGGCCGCCGCAGCAGGUUCCUCAUUCUCCACCUCCAUGCAUAUCCGUUCCAACAAAACCUCUGCAAUCGAUCCCCUCCUACUCAAAAUGGCAUCUUUCCCACCCAUCUCAACUUCACACGCUUCCCGGAGAUGGAAGAUAGGCCGAAGAAUAGUAGCAGCAGUAGAGCUGGAACAAACAUCAAUAGACCAAAUUUCAUCUCAACAACAAGAACAAGAUGAAGAAGAAGAAGAGUCUUCAACUGGCGGCAGUGUUAACACGAAGCUUUACUUUGGUAAUUUGCCUUACAACUGUGAUAGUGCUCAACUCGCCGGAAUUAUUCAAAAUUACGCCAGCCCUGAACUGAUUGAGGUUCUGUACAAUAGAGACACGGGAAGAAGUAGAGGAUUUGCUUUCGUGACUAUGAGUAAUAUCCAAGACUGUAAUGAAGUAAUCCAGAAUCUAGAUGGAUCUCAAUAUGGAGGAAGAACAUUGAGGGUGAACUUCUCAGACAAACCGAAACCCAAAGAGCCAUUAUACCCAGAAACAGAGUACAAGCUCUUUGUCGGAAACUUAGCAUGGUCAGUUACAUCUGAAACAUUGACUAAAGCAUUCCAAGAAUACGGAAACCUGGUUGGAGCUAGAGUCUUGAUCGAUGGCGAAACAGGAAGAUCGCGAGGUUAUGGAUUUGUCAGUUACUCCACCAAAUCUGAGAUGGAUGCUGCUCUUGAGGCUAUGAACGAAGUGGAACUAGAAGGGCGAGCGAUUAGGGUCAGUCCAGCAGAAGGUAAGAAGGCAGUAACAAACUAAAAUAAUAUGCAAUGUAAUCGAUACGGGCUAAUAGAUUGAAUCAUAUCAAUACAUGUUGGUUUCGUCGAAUGUUUGAGUUGAGUUAACAAAUGGUUGUUCUGGU